GAGAGAGGAAGAUAGAGGAUCCAAAGUGGGCUCCACGCUGGCAGCAGUGAGCCCAAUGAAGGGCUCAAACCCACAAAUCCUUGAGAUCAUGACCUGAGCCAAAGUAAGAUUCAGCUGACUGAGCCACCCAGGCACCCCUCUCAUCCCUAUUUUAAAAAUGAAGAAACUGAAACCCAACUUUCUUAAAGUUGCAAAAAUAACGUUAGGGCAAGGAUUUGAAUCCGGGGGUUCAGACUUCACAGCCAGCUUUUGACCAACACAAAGUAUGCAAAUCGUUAAUACCAAAUCAAGAUAUAAACAAGUGCUUUUGGAGUGCGGAGAGAAGAGUGCUUAAUUCACACUCAAGAAAUUAAGGCAGGAUCAUAUGAGACUUGCUCUCAGUGAAUAGAAUUUCACCAGGUAAGUGUAUCCCGUGUGAGGGAAGAGUGUGAGUAAAGUCAUAUACACAUAAAAACAUAUUUGGGAGCAGUAUAGAUUUGAUCAUAUGUAAGAAUUCGAGAAUGUCAGCUAAUAGUGCUGGAGAGGUAUUUUGGUAGAAGAUUAUAGUAGGCUUUAUUUCCAUUAGAACUUUUAUUUUCUCAAAAAGAAUCCUCUACUUGUGAAAUAAUAAAAUGGUUUCAUUGGAUUAAAAUUAAAUAAAAUUUAAAAUUAAUUUCCUUUGUUCACUAGCCACAUUUCAAGGGCCCAGUAGCCAUAUGUGGGUAAUGGCUGCCGUACUAGACAAGCAGAUAUAGAACAUUUUCAUCAUUGCAGAAAGUUCCAUUGGACAGUGCUGCUCUAGAUUAGGGACCUCUGUGGCCUUGCUGUUCCAGGUGUGGUCCACACACAGCAGCAACAGCAUUGCUAUCUCCUGAGACCUCUCUGUGAUCUGCAUUUUCACAAGACCCCCCGGGUGAUUCUUAGGCACGUUAAAAUUUGAGAAAUACUGAUCUGAGAUACCCUGAAGAUUCGGUACGGUGAAAUCUCGUUAUUAGCAUUAUUUGCUAAUAUUUACUUUGCUUGUACAGUAUCGUUUCAAAAGAGGAAAUGUUUAGCCCUGGGAGAAAAUAAAACGGAUUCAUUGGUUCAUCUGUCUGGCAAGUGCAGAGUUCAGCAGAGCUUUAAUGCAGCAGUACACCUGGCUUCAAGGACUCCUUUGUUUCCAAUCUCUGGGCUCUGCUCUUUGUUGUUGGCCACUGUCUGGCCUUCUGCAUAGUGACGACAGAACUCCAGUAAGUUCAGAGUGCAUACCUGCAUUGGUUACCAUUCAAAUAAUGAGUCCAUCCUGGUACCCUGAGAAGACUUCCUUUUGCAUCUAACCCUUCCACGCUACAUAGCUCAGCCAUUCCUGCACAAAACCGUGUGAUUGAGGAGGCACUUCCGGCAAGCGAGGCCUGUCCCUGAGCUGGCGCACAUUCACUUUUGUACACAUGUAUGGCUGCGACAAAACGGGAGAGAGGUGCAGUGGCUUUCUGGAAAAGAGCUGGGGUAUCUUCCUCUUCUUUGAACCCCAUGCUAAAGUAUUUGGGUUUCAUUCUGUAAGGUCCCACUUCAAAAUAAAAUUUAGUCAAAGAAAGGGUAACCAGGAAGGUGAUCAGAUCUUGCGCCAGUGUGAAAAUCCAUACAUGGAAUGCGUUCUUUUUCACAUUGUUGCUGUUGGGAAGAGGAUAAAGAAGAUUCUUAAGAUCAAGGAACUUCAUGAAAGAGGAACUACACUUUGUAUCUAUGCCCUAAAGGGUGAGACUAUCAAAGAAGCUCUAAGCAAGGAUGGCCGAUUUCGGUCUGACCUGGAUGAAUUUAAAUGGAAAAUAAUAGAAGAUCAUAAGAUAAUUCAUGGAAAACGUUCCCUGGUGGAUUAUGUGUCUGGAAAAACCUUAGAAAUGGACAUUUUUAAGAAAAACGUUGCCAGGAAAGGUACCCAUAAGAAAAUUAAACAGGAGAAUGAAAAUACCACUGAAGAAAUCUGUCCCUGGGAUCUGAUACAGUCUGAGAUCAGGGAACACGAACCAGAGGAAGAUGGGGAGACUGAAGAUGCAGAAUACAACAGAGAAAACAUUCUCCCAGCUCAGAAUCUAGGGCAUGAUAUUGAAAGUAAAAAACAACGGACAGUUUCCAGAAUUAGUAAUUAUUACAAUAAUAGUUUCAACAGAAAAUAUAGGAGAAACAACUCACAGGUUAGGCAAAGGCCCCAUCCAGGUAUGGAACAUGUUAAUCAAUAUAUCCAAAGGACGGCAACUAACCUCUGGCUGAAGAAUUUCCAAAGGUUGGACAAAGUGAUAAUGGAUCAGUAUCCAAAUUUUAAUGAAGAGACUCUCUGGAUGAGAAAGUAUUUUCAGGAUGAACAGAAGAAAACCAAACUGCUACCAUUUCAACAAUUCAACAUUUAUAAAAAGUACUUUGGAAAAGUGACCGAAAAUUCUACUUCAGUUGCAAUCUGUGAAGAUCUUAUUCAUCUUAGUAAGUCAGUUGGGUUCAUGAAAUGGGACAAUAAUGGAAACACAGGCAACGCUACUUGCUUUGUCUUCAAUCAUGGUUAUGUUUUCACCUGUCGACAUGUAAUACAUCUUAUGGUGGGAGAAGGCACAGAUCCAAGUUUGUGGCCAGAUAUAAUAAGCAAAUGUGCAAAGGUAACUUUUGCUUAUAAAAAGUUCUGUCCUAUGGAUGUUGAUUGGUUUUCCAUUGAGCCGUGGUUUGAAGUGUCUGAUGGAACUCUAGAUUAUGCCAUUUUAAAGUUAAGAAAAAACGUAAAUGGAUUUCCUCCAGGCCUGUUUGGACAGAUUUCCUCUCAACCAUCUAGUGGUUUGAUUUAUUUAAUUGGUCACCCAGAAGGCCAGGUCAAGAAAAUAGAUGGCUGUGCUGUGAUUCCUCUAAAUCAGCGGUUAGAGAGGUACCCAGAGCAUCAUCAAGAUGGGGUGGUAGGUCCCCAUGCUGCCACUUAUAAUGCUUUCUCUAUGUUUACCCAACGAAGUUUCCUAUCAGAGGUUUGGAGCACAGAUACACUUAGCUAUGAUACUUGUUUUUCCAGCGGGUCCUCUGGCUCCCCGGUGUUUAAUGCAUCUGGCAAGUUGGUUGCUAUGCAUACCAUUGGGCAUUUUUAUAAACGUGGAGAUACAGUAUAUGCCCUUAUUGAAUUUGGCUAUUCUAUGGAGUCAAUUCUUUGUGAUGUUAAACAGAAAAAUGAGAGUUUAUAUAAAUUAUUAAAUGAAGAGAAAAACGAGAACCAUGAUGAAGACCAAGAUAACAAGUCAUUUCAAGAUCAUCAGGUUGAACCCAUGGAAUAUUAGGAAAAAGAUGUUUUCAAGAAAAUAUGCUAAUAAUUUAGAGUAUUCAGGGCUGUUUCCAUAAACUAUAAUGAAUAUUCUUUUUUUAAUUAGAAAAUGAUGUGGAUGUUCAAAAAAAUAUUAACAGUUCAAAUAAAUUCUGAUUUUUUUGGUCA